ACUUCCCAGCUCUCGCCCCAAUUCUGCAGCGGCUGUGGCUCUGAGCUCAGGACCGGCGGCACCCCGGCCCGAGGGGGCGCUCGCUCUCCCAUACACUGGCACACAGUAGGCGCCACCUUGUUACAGGGUCUCCGUGGCAGAGGCCAACCCGAGCUCAGGACUCUCUUUACCAAGACGAGAUCUUCAGCUCCUUCUGCCACGCGAGGUCGCGCUACAUUCCCACGCUCCUCCGCCGCGGCCGCAUCGCAUUCCCUCCCAGAUUCCUCCUUCUCCCACCAUCUCUGCCCCUCCUUUACCAAGAUGGCGGCGAAGGCACUUCCGGCGUGUGUCCUUACGGGUGCGUCCGGGCGGCUGCUGUAGGUGCCACGCAGCGGGUUCCAGCCGAUUUGCUGCAUAGUCUACAGCGGUGAUGGCGGGCAGGCCGUUUGCAUGGAGCGGGGCAGCUCUUCUCCAGCUCCUUCUUGGCGUGAACCUGAUAGUGAUGCCACCCACCCAGGCCCGGAGUCUGCGCUUCGUCACCUUGCUGUACCGACAUGGAGACCGUUCGCCAGUGAAGACAUAUCCCAAGGAUCCCUAUCAGGAAGAGGAGUGGCCCCAGGGGUUUGGUCAGCUAACUAAGGAGGGGAUGCUACAGCAUUGGGAGCUGGGCCAGGCUCUGCGGCAACGCUACCAUGGCUUUCUCAACACCUCUUACCACCGGCAAGAGGUUUAUGUGCGAAGCACAGACUUUGACCGUACGCUCAUGAGUGCUGAGGCCAACCUGGCCGGACUCUUCCCUCCCAACGGGAUACAGCGCUUCAACCCAAAUAUCUCUUGGCAACCUAUCCCUGUUCACACUGUGCCCAUCACUGAGGAUAGGCUGCUGAAGUUCCCGUUGGGCCCGUGUCCCCGUUACGAGCAGUUACAGAACGAGACCCGACAGACGCCAGAGUAUCAGAAUGAGAUCAUUCAGAAUGCACAAUUUCUGGAUAUGGUGGCCAACGAGACAGGCCUUACAGACCUGACGCUGGAGACCGUCUGGAAUGUCUAUGACACACUCUUCUGCGAGCAAACACACGGGCUGGUCCUGCCGCCCUGGGCCUCUCCCCAGACCAUGCAGCAUCUGAGCCGGCUAAAGGACUUCAGCUUCCGCUUCCUCUUCGGGAUCUACGAGCAGGCAGAGAAGGCCCGGCUUCAGGGGGGAGUCCUGUUGGCUCAGAUACGGAAGAACCUGACCCUCAUGGCAGCCUCUUCCCAACUCCCUAAGCUGCUGGUUUACUCUGCGCACGACACCACCCUGGUGGCUCUGCAAAUGGCACUGGAUGUCUACAAUGGGGAACAAGCCCCCUACGCCUCCUGCCACAUAUUUGAACUGUACCAGGAAGAUAAUGGGAAUUUCUCAGUGGAGAUGUACUUUCGGAAUGAGAGUAACAAGGCUCCCUGGCCGCUGAUCCUGCCUGGCUGCCCUCACCGCUGCCCCCUGCAGGACUUCCUUCACCUCACAGAGCCCGUCGUGCCCAAGGAUUGGCAGCAAGAAUGCCAGCUGGCAAGCGGGCCUGCAGACACGGAGGUGAUCGUGGCCUUGGCUGUAUGCGGCUCCAUCCUCUUCCUUCUCAUAGUGCUGCUCCUCACUGUCCUCUUCCGGAUGCAGGCCCAGCCUCCGGGCUACCGCCAUGUCGCAGAUGGGGAGGAUCAUGCCUGACAACCACUCAGCCCCCUUCCCUCUGCCUCCUAGGGGAGGUGGGCUGGGCCCUUGCUCCUGACUAUUGCUGCUCCCCAGCCCAUGGACAGGAGACCCUGGGUUGGCCUCCCUCUGAUUAUCCUAACCUAGAUGAACAAGUGGGGCUCGGCUUGGCCCAUGGCACCUGUCACUCAGCAUUCAUGUGCCUCCUCUUUACCAAGUAUUAUGUUGGACUUUGGCUUUCUCCAAA